GCUCCGUCAGGUUCUAGUUUCCAGCUGGGGGGGUGGGGGCAAACAGGGCUUCGCUUGUCCCGGUUACCCCCUUCCGGCCUCGGGAAGUGGCGGGACCCCGGCAGAGCCCCAGGCGGGCUCAGCGCUAAUCGAGGGCUGGAGGGGCUGGGCCCUGGCCGCCGAGAGGAGUUGGCAUUUCCAGACUGGGGCUCGGGCCGCUCCUCCUCUAGGACCCUCCCCUCAGCACCGCGCGGGCCGCUGCGGGCGAUCCAGGCCGGCUCUCGUGGCGUGUGCAUUUGAUGACUCCAACGAGGGGAAUAAAGUAAUGCUGACUAAAGAAAAGGUGGACAAGUCCUAUUUUCAAGAGAAGAUGACUUUUAACAGUUUUGAAGGAUCUAAAACUUGUGUACCUGCAGACAUCAGUAAGGAUGAAGAAUUUGUAGAAGAGUUUAAUAGAUUAAAAACUUUUGCUAAUUUUCCAAGUAGUAGUCCUGUUUCGGCAUCAACGCUAGCACGAGCUGGUUUUCUAUAUACUGGUGAAGGAGACACCGUGCGGUGCUUUAGUUGUCAUGCAGCAGUAGAUAGAUGGCAAUAUGGAGACUCAGCAGUUGGAAGACACAGGAAAGUAUCCCCAAAUUGCAGAUUUAUCAAUGGCUUUUACUUUGAAAAUAAUGCUGCUCAGCCUACAAAUCCUGGUGUCCAAAAUGGUCAGUACAAAGCUGAAAACUAUCUGGGAAACAGAAAUCAUUUUCUUUUAGAAAGACCAUCUGAGACUCAUGCAGACUAUCUUUUGAGAACUGGACAGGUUGUAGAUUUAUCAGACACCAUAUACCCAAGGAACACUGCCAUGUGUAGUGAAGAAGCUAGAUUAAGGUCAUUUCAGAACUGGCCAGACUAUGCCCACUUAACCCCAAGAGAGUUAGCGAGUGCUGGACUCUACUACACAGGUAUUGAUGAUCAAGUACAGUGCUUUUGUUGUGGUGGGAAGCUGAAAAAUUGGGAACCUUGUGAUCGUGCAUGGUCAGAACACAGGAGACACUUUCCUAAUUGCUUCUUUGUUUUGGGCCGGAAUUUUGAUACUCAAAGUGAAUCGGAUAUCGUGAGUUCUGAUAGGAAUUUCCCAAAUUCAACAAAUCCUCCAAGAAAUCCAGCCAUGGCAGAUUACGAAGCACGGAUCAUUACAUUUGGGACGUGGAUAUACUCAGUUAACAAGGAGCAGCUUGCAAGAGCUGGAUUUUAUGCUUUAGGUGAAGGUGAUAAAGUAAAGUGCUUUCACUGUGGAGGAGGGCUAACUGAUUGGAAGCCCAGUGAAGACCCUUGGGAACAGCAUGCUAAGUGGUAUCCAGGGUGUAAAUAUUUAUUAGAAGAGAAGGGACAAGAAUAUAUAAACAAUAUUCAUUUAACCCAUUCAAUUGAAGAAUCUCUGGCAAGAACUGCUGAAAAAACACCAUCAUUAGCUAAAAGAAUUGAUGAUACCAUAUUCCAAAAUCCUAUGGUACAGGAAGCUAUACGAAUGGGAUUCAGUUUCAAGGACAUUAAGAAAACGGUGAAGGAAAAAAUUCAGACAUCUGGGAGCAACUAUAAAUCACUUGAGGUUCUGGUUGCAGACCUAGUGAGUGCUCAGAAAGACAAUACACAAGAUGAAUCAAGUCAGACUUCAUUACAGAAAGAGAUUAGUACUGAAGAGCAGCUAAGGCUCCUGCAAGAGGAAAAGCUUUGCAAAAUCUGUAUGGAUAGAAAUAUUGCUGUAGUUUUUAUUCCUUGUGGACAUCUGGUCACUUGUAAACAGUGUGCUGAAGCAGUUGACAAAUGUCCCAUGUGCUACACAGUCAUUACUUUCAAGCAAAAAAUUUUUAUGUCUUAAUCUAACUACAGUAGGCGUGUUAUGUUCUUAUUACCCUGAUUGAAUGUGUGAUGUGAACCAACUUUAAGAAAUCAGCAUUGAAUUCCAUUAGCAUUUGCUACCAAGUAGAGAAAAAAAUGUAAACUAUGAUGUUAUAGUUGACAGUCUAAAAUUUGAAAUUCUGUAUUUUUCAGGAUUUUAGCUAUUCUGUCAUAUUUUUUCACUGUUAUUUAACUGAUCACAGUGUGUAUUUGUAGUACACUGACUUAGAUUUCUAAAUGUAAGUGAACUAAUCGACUGAAUUUUUUAUUCUCUUUAGAUAGGCUUAACAAAUGGACCAUUCUCUGUAAACGUAGAGAUUAAUCUCCCCAAUCACAUAAUUUGUUUUGUGUGAAAAAGGAAUGAACUGUUCCACACUGGUGGAAAGAUAGAGAUUAUUUUUAGAUGUUUGUCUUUGUGUUUUAGGAUUUUGUCCAUUUUCUUUUAAAAUUAUACACAUGUACUUGGAUGGAUGAUUUUUUAAAUGAUUUUGCCAUUGUUAAAAGAGUAUUUAAUGAUUGAAUACCAUCUAGCCUACAUGUACUGACAUGGAAAGAUGUCAAAGGUAUAUUCAGUGUAAAAUUCAAGUGGCAAAACACUAUGUAUAGAAUGAGCCAAAUGAAGAUGUGUGUGUUUUAUAUACAUAUAGAACAGAAGAUUUGGAAAGAUAGGCACCAAACUGUUAAAUGUGGUUUCUUUUGAGGAGGGUGGGGGGGGGGGGAUGGGUCCCAGAGGGGCUUUACAGGGAGGGGCCUUUCACGUUCUACUUUUUUCAUUUUGUUCUGUUUGAAUUUUUUAUAAGUAUGUAUUACUUUUGUAAUCAGAAUUUUUAGAAAAUAUUUUACUGAUUUAAAGGCUUAGGCAUGUUCAAAAGCCUGCAAAACUACUUAUUGCUCAGCUUUAGUUUUUCUAAUCCAAGAAGGCAGGGCAGUUAACCUUUUUGGUGCCAAUGUGAAAUUUAAAUGUUUAUAUGUUUUUCCUGCUUUGUGGAUGAAAAAUAUUUCUGAGUGGUAGUUUUUUGACAGGUAGACCAUGUCUUCUCUUGUUUCAAAA